AUGCACAGCCGUCCCAUCGUCAAGACUAAACGCAGCAAACACUCCGUGUACUCAGACAGAGAAUUAUGGUCUUUGUUAACGACAUCUUUAGAGAAGAAGAAAGCGAACAAAAGGAGACGGGAUCCAGACAUGUUAAGAAACGCUGUGUUGGAGUUGACAGUACAAAAACUAAACGAAGAGAUCACAGACAGAUGUAUGAAAAAAGUGAAACGUCGAAAACUGGAGGAUUCUUACGAAUGGCAAGAGUCUCCGGACGGACUUGGAUGGAACAUGACAGCAUCCUACCAAGAUGAUGAAGAUCUUUUAGGUAUCGACGACUUCUUUCAGAAAUUAAGUACUAGCUGUAAAACUCGAAAUAACUCGUCUACCAUUUCUGAGACGUGA